AUGUAUUUUCCUAAGGUAGUCGUUCUGCUCUCAACGGCAGCAACUAUCCAAGCCAUAUCAUUCGAGGGCCUUACCAACGAUGUGGUACACUACGCUCGAGAGAUCAAACUGCCAGGCAUGAUCGCAGUCAAACGAGCACUCCGCAAUCCGUUCGAGGGGCGCCAGGAUGGAUGUCCCGAGGUCUGGGGUAGCAUAGCGGAGGAGUUGAAGCAGAGAUUCUUGGCCAACGGCGAAUGCACCGACGCCGCUCGUGCUGCCAUCCGGGCGGCUUUCCAUGACUGCUUUCCCGGACAAGGUUGCGAUGGGUCGCUGUUCCUAGCACAGGAGUUCACACGAGAGCGCGAGAACGGCGGCCUGGCGCCGAUUUCUGAAGACCUUGGGAAACUGGCACAAGCAAAGGGCGUAAGCGUCGCGGAUAUGUUUCAGUUCGCUGGUGCCUACGCGAUAGCCACCUGUCCCAUGGGCCCCAGAAUCCCUGCCUACGUCGGCCGCACCGACUCCUGGACGCCCGCUCCAGAAGGCGAGCUGCCCAACCCCUUCAUGACAGGUGACGCCGUGCUGGCUUCAUUCCAAGCAAAGGGCUUCAGCGCGCGCGACCUCGCCGCCCUGAUCGGCGCCCACACAGCCGCGAAGCAAUCCCGCGUGGACCCCUCCCAAGCCGGCGCAGCGUUGGACCAGACGCCGGGUGUCUGGGAUGUGAGCUACUACCAGCAGCUGCUCGAUAACUCGGCGCCGUUCCGCAUCCCGGCGGACCUCGGUGUCGCGCACCAGCCGGAGACGGGCGAGCACUUCAACAGCUUCAUCGGAAACCAGUUCGGGUGGAACGAGGCUUUCACAUCGGCCAUGGAGAAGAUGUCGCUUCUUGGCGUCCCGGGCGGUGCGGCGAGUUUGGUCGACUGCUCGAGGUUCCUGCCUGGUGGUUCGGUACAGCGGGACAGGAGGGCAGCUCCCAUUAAUGGUCGCAUCCUGUAA